CUCAACUCUCCCAGAGCCGGAAACAAAACAAGUGUGUCAUGUGAUUUCUGCUUGUACCUCUAGUCAAGUGGGAAGCUGCUCGAUGUAAACUCAAUUAAAAAGGAUUAAAAGAAGCUGCUGAGCGCUCUGGAUAACAUCAUAAAACAUUGGCCGCCAUGGCUGAUGAUCUGAAGAGAUACCUCUACAAACAGAUGCAGAGUGUUGAAGGUCUUCAUGCUAUUGUAGUGACAGACAGGGAUGGUGUCCCAGUGAUCAAAGUUGCCAAUGACAACGCCCCAGUCCACGCCCUCAGACCUGGCUUCCUGUCCACUUUUGCUCUGGCCACAGAUCAGGGCAGCAAGCUGGGCCUCUCCAAGAACAAGAGCAUCAUCUGCUACUACAACACCUACCAGAUUGUGCAGUUCAAUCGGUUACCACUGGUCAUCAGUUUCAUUGCCAGCAGCAAUGCCAACACAGGUCUCAUCAUGAGUCUGGAGAAGGAGUUGGCUCCACUAAUAGAGGAACUGAGGCAGGUGGUGGAGGUGACAUAAGCUCUGAGAGACAGGAAAACCCUGAGCAGGAUCCACAGCAGAAUCACCAGACCGGAUCACAUCCUGCUCUCUGAAUCUCUCUCUGUCUCUAACGGUGCAUUCAGGUGCUGUGAUAACCUGUCUGGGGGUUUUUACAGUUCCACGUAAUGUUAACGUCUUCAUCUGUUUACAUCAUGAUUGAAAUUUUCUGUACACUUUUUGUCCUGUUGACUUUGCUUUCUGCCAUUUUCUGUAGAAUGUGGGUGCUUCCCAUCAGCAUUUUCACAGCUAAGACAGUUUAUGUCAAAUCAAUUGUCUGAAUAAAUGUUUCAUUUUAAGCACCCAAA